AUGAGCACCUCCUUAUAAACGCAUCGGGUCUUCGUGGUAGAGGUUUUACAGUUUUUUUUCGAUCAAGGAUAUGGAUAUGGCUCCCAUUUCAGCGUCAAAUAAGACUUUGGUCACCCUGGAUCUGUUUCCGAAUGACAAGACAGAUGAUGAUCCGGAAGAUGCGUCAGACAAUAAGCAAACCGAAGAAAACAUAAACCUGGCGCCGUUGAGGUUUAUGACGGAUGAAGAACAAAGAGAAGAGGUGCGCCACAAUGUCUCAACAAAACUAACUCUCUACACCGAUCCAUGGACCAUCAAGAAGACAUUGAACAAAAGCAGUAUUGGCUAUCUAAACCAUCUUUUUCUGAAUGGAAGCAUCGUGCUUAGCGACAUUCUGAGAUAUCUCCCUAUAUCUGAUAAAAGGGUAGUCGAAGAAGGCCCUGGAUUAGCAGUCGACGUGUAUGAUGAAGACACUGAUACUAUGCACACUCUGGUUCUUAAGAAACGGCCCAGGUGUCAAAGCUAUAUUCUCGGCAGUGCAUGGCGUAGGGAAUUCGUCGUGAGAAAAGAUUUGAAGAUAGGCGAUGUGAUUGGAAUGUAUUGGGAUCCUUAUGAGUCGAAGCUUCACUUUUGUGUGCUUUCUCGUUCACCCAUACAAGAGUUAAUAUGAUCAUUUACCCCUUUUAUGUAUAAUGUAUUAUCGUUUGAUAAUAAUAAU